UGCGCACUGUUCUCGGGCGGUGUCGGUUCCGGGUAAAGCUGCGAUAGGAGCGGCUGCAGGAGCUUCUUGAUCAGAUCGGCCAUGGCGGCAGCGGCGGCGACAGCGGCCCCGGGCGGGGCAGGAGCUGUCCCGGUACCAGGAGCGCCGAGGCUGGGCGUGGAGACGGUGAAAGGGCAGGUGUUUGACGUGGGGCCGCGCUACACGGACCUGCAGUACAUCGGCGAAGGAGCGUACGGCAUGGUCUGCUCUUCUUAUGACCACGUCAACAAGAUCCGAGCUGCCAUCAAAAAGAUCAGUCCCUUUGAGCACCAGACGUACUGCCAACGCACCCUGCGAGAGAUCAAGAUCCUCUUGCGCUUCAAGCAUGAGAAUGUCAUUGGCAUCAAUGACAUUCUCCGGGCACCUACCAUCGAUCAGAUGCGUGAUGUGUAUAUAGUCCAGGAUUUGAUGGAGACAGAUCUCUAUAAGCUUCUGAAAACCCAGCAGCUCAGCAAUGACCACAUCUGCUACUUUCUCUAUCAGAUUCUCCGAGGGCUGAAAUAUAUUCACUCUGCCAAUGUGCUUCACCGGGACCUGAAGCCCAGCAAUCUUCUAAUCAACACCACGUGUGACCUGAAGAUUUGUGACUUUGGCCUGGCCCGGAUCGCUGACCCAGACCAUGACCACACAGGGUUCUUGACAGAGUAUGUUGCCACUCGCUGGUACCGAGCCCCUGAAAUCAUGCUCAAUUCCAAGGGCUACACCAAGUCCAUUGAUAUAUGGUCCGUGGGCUGCAUCCUGGCUGAGAUGCUGUCAAACCGACCCAUCUUUCCUGGCAAGCACUACCUGGACCAGCUCAACCACAUUCUGGGUAUACUGGGUUCCCCAUCUCAGGAUGACCUGAACUGCAUCAUCAACAUGAAGGCUCGCAACUAUCUCCAGUCACUGCCCCAAAAGCCCAAGGUCCCCUGGGCCAAGCUGUUCCCAAAGGCUGAUCCCAAAGCUCUGGACCUGCUGGACAAAAUGUUGACCUUUAAUCCCAAUAAGCGCAUCACAGUGGAGGAGUCCUUGGCCCAUCCGUACCUAGAGCAGUACUACGAUCCCUCAGAUGAGCCAAUUGCAGAGGAGCCGUUCACUUUUGACAUGGAGCUGGAUGACCUGCCCAAAGAGAAGCUGAAAGAACUGAUAUUUGAGGAGACGGCACGAUUCCAGCCUGGCUACCAAGGGCCCUGAAGGGCUGUUCAGACCACUGGUCUCUGCUUCACCAGGAGAUGAUUUGGGACUGUACCCAGCUCCCCUACUGGAUUUUUGAGGGGAGCACAGGAUUCAGGGGGUACCAAUUUGGGGGUGCCCCUAUCGACUUGCUGUACAACUGCGCUUUGCUACGUGGCUGUGAACCCUGGUAACCCAUCUCUGGACCCCCUUAAUGUGAUGUGUUGGGGUGAGACCCUGGUGGCCAGGUUGGGGGAAGGGAGGGGCUGUUACCCUCCCCUAAAGAAGGGAAAGGAAAUCGGUUCCCCCUACCCUUUAUUUUCCCCUUCAAAGAAUUGAAAGGGGCGAUGUCAUCUCCUUUUUUGGCAUUUUAUUGUCUUUGUUAAUGAGUUAAUAAACUAAUGCUGAUUUUAGCAGGGCCAUUUUCUGAUCCCUUGGGCAUUAUUAGCAAGGGGAGUUGAACAUAAAAUCCUGGCUCCUGGACUCUCCCUCCUAUAAUCCACUGAACCCCCAUUAUCCUUUAAAAACUGGGAACAGAAGCAAACGGUUCUGACACCACCAUCCCCAGCUUUCAUGCAACACUCCUCAAGAACCCAGGAGUCGUGGUUCCUCCCUGGACAAAUGGAGGGCAUGUCUGUGUUGGGUUUUGUCCCCUGGUUAGUGCCAUUCUUGAAACCUCUGUAAUGCACAUCUGACCUUGGUCAUCACUGUGGGCACCAUCUGGUAUGUAAUGCAAGAUAAGACCCUUACAGUGCUGAAAAGUGUGCCUGGUUUGAAGAGGGGCAAGUGUCCCCCGCCCCCUUCUGCUUUAACUGUGUCGUUUAAAAAGCUGUGCAGAUGACUUCAUCUACUUCCUCUAGCUGGAGAAGGCGGGGUUUGUGGGCACCCGCCUCUCCCUUUCUUCCCCUGUUGCAUCUGAUAAACUCGUGCAGCUGGGUGUAUGUAAACUCCUACAUAGUUCACGGCACUCUGGUCAUCUUGCUGCUACAAACUAACGUGGCUGCCCUCUAAUUCCAUCCCAUGAUAUUUUUAAACUACUGUGUGCAGACUUUUUAACCCCCCAGUCUCCUUCAUGCAAAACAAAGUCCAAAAAGAGUGGAGCCUGCACUGAUUGGCAAUUGUGAAUUGGGAAAGGGAGGGAGAGGCUGGGAAGAUGACGGACAAUCACAUCUGUGUGUCCUGAGGGGGCAGCCCAGCUACCUUGUAACAACUAAGCGGUGCAGGUGGACGAGGUAUUUCCGAUACGGGAGCGCUAAAAGGAGCCAAUGAUUAGGCUGGUGUCCGCUGUAAGGAGUGGGAAUGAAGCCACCCUCAGUUGAAAGUCAGCCGUUAAGGGAGUGCAACUUUUCAGAUGGACUAACCUUCUCAGUCCUUCCAUCUACCUGUGUGCCAUUUUUGGGUACCAAUUUGGAUGAGUGAGACUGCUGAAACCUUUGGGUUCUCAAAGAUGGAGAUUCUGUAAGCAGAAAAAAAUUGGAGAGUGGGAUGUAUUUGGUUUCCUUAGCUUUACGGUUGAAUGAGGAAGCCUCUCUUUCAGACAACACUGUCUGUUUGCCUAGGACUUAGCCGCGAUAACAUGCGAUGGGCUUCCUUCCUGGGAUGCGUAAUAUUUUUGAGGGAACUUGGAUUGAAGGGAAUUAAUGCCUCCCCAUCCCCUCCUGCUUUGAAUUGUAUAAAAACCCUGAAAUAAAUCAUUCCUUUAUUCCUUCAA